AUGCAACACUCGUUGGAAUCGUGGCCUUAUGACCACGAAAAACAUGUACACCAUUGCAGCUUCAAUUUGGAGAGGCGAUGGACGACCCAAUGUCUUUACAAUACAAAGCGCCACCUCAAAUGCGGCUGCCAUGCUCUCGCUGGUGAAGGCAUAAAGAUACCCACAGGAUACACUUAUUUACCAUUCUCUCUAAAACUUGGACUUGUUCCGGUCUCUCUGUUAUGUAUCUACAUGGUCCAGGUGCAAGCGCGUAUCUCGUUUGAUUCGUAUCAACGUCUACUUUACUUUGGUGUAGCCAUAACGACAUUAUGUUUAGCCAGUUGGGAUAAAAUUCAGACACCCAUUCAAUUCAUGUAUUCCUGCUUUUUUAAACGGAUCGGAGGCCAUGAUCAACAAAUCUAUGACAAUUCCCGUGGCUCCUUAUUAAGAGGACGUCAAACUAUGCUUAAAUUAUGCGCCGCUCAAAUCAAGGAACAGCUGGCAACGGGUAUUAUGCAAAAGAAACCGAUUUGGAUUGAUCUUGGUGGUGGAACCGGAUGGAAUAUCGAAACAAUGCAUGCGUUUUUACCCGUAGAUUCAUUUGAGAAGAUUAUUCUUGUGGAUUUAACACCUUCACUUUGUAAAGUCGCUCAAGAAAGAUUUUUAAAAAAGGGUUGGAAAAAUGUCACUGUCCUCUGUCAAGAUGCUUCCACUUUUCAAGUACCUGAAGGCUCUUUGGAAGGACGUGUUGGAUUAGUUACUGUUUCUUAUGCAUUAUCCAUGAUGGAUGACUAUCACCCUGUUGUGGAUCGUAUACAAUCCCUGUUAUCUCCUGAAGGUAUCAUCGGUGUUGUUGAUUUUUAUGUCUCUGGCCGUUCAAGCGCACCAGCAGAAAAAUGGUCACCACAACAAAAUCGACAAUGUAAUUGGUUUACAAGACACUUUUGGCAAGCCUGGUUUGAGCUUGAUCAUAUUCAUUUAGGCCCCGGCCGUCGUGAUUAUCUCGAGUACAAGUUUGGUACCAUCAAAUCUUUGAACCGUCGUAAUCAUUUUAUUAUCCCUUACUUGAUUCAAAUGCCAUACUAUGUUUGGUUAGGUUGUUCCAAUGCGCGUCAAAAUGAGCUUUCUCAUCUGGUAGAAAUUCCGGAUGAUACCGAUAGUGUUACAAGUAAACAAUCGUUUAAUAUUGUUUCUCGCACUUCGUUUUUACAUCAAAACAAACAAUGGAGAGUGGACUAUAACCCAAUAUUGCCUUGUCAUACGCAGUUUAGGUCUUAUAUAUACGCUUUUACUUGGGAAGACCCACGUGUUGACCUCCAAUAUUUAAACAUUACCAGUCAAGAUGUUAUAAUAGCAUUGAAAGCCCAUCCCAAACGAAUUCAUUGCAUUGAUAUGAAUCCCUGUCAGAAUCAUUUACUGGAGCUAAAACUUGCUAGUAUUGCAUCAUUAGAGUACAAAGAUUUUUGGAGAAUGUUUGGUGACGGCAAUCAUCCUCACUUUUCCACGUUGCUACAUGACAUCAUAUCACCCCAUUUGAGUUCAUAUGCGUUCAGUAUUGGAGUGAAAACAGUAAUCGAUUUAAUCACAAGUUUUAUAAGACUGGUUUACUCCGGUUUAGCACUGUCAAUUCUCGAAUGGUGGAUUCGUAUGCAAGGAUUGGAAAAGGACAUCAAGACAAUGACAUCCGCUUCAACAAUUAAAGUUCAAAAACAUAUUUGGGACACCAAAGUAAGGCCUGCAAUUUUUUCGCCCAUGAUUCAAAAAAUUCUCAUAACCCAAUUUCCAAUCAAUCAAAUGAAUAUGUUUCUGAAAGAGUGUACAACCCAAGAAUCAUACUUUUAUUAUCUUUGCUUAAACCAACGUUAUACUCCAACUAGCUGCCCUUCAUAUCUUACAGAAUAUGGGUUUAAUCAAUUAAAGACCUCUGGGGCACUGGAUUCAUUUAGGUUACAUACAGAAUCAAUAUUAGACUCGCUAAAAUCCAUGGGGGAUAGAUAUUUGACACGGUUAGUCGUGAUGGAUCAUAUGGAUUGGUUUGAUCCUACCUCUUGUCAGGAAUUGGAUGAUGAGAUCAGGGAAAUGAAGCGAACAUUAAAAAAGCGGUGGACAGGCACACAACCAUGGUACAAUGAAUUAUUUGUGAAGCAUGGAUUCAGUGUUGAACCUCUUGGUAUUCGUUGUCCUGGUCAAGCUAUUGACCGUGUAAAUAUGUAUGCCAGCUUUUACAGAGCCACCAAAGUGUGA